GCCCCACUGCGAACUGCUGCUGAUGUUUGCACAUGGCAACGACCUACCUGCUGGGAAUCGUAACAGAUCCUCUGCUUUCACUUCGUUGUCGUUUGAGAGCCACCCUCGCAGUCUUUCCUCUCUCAGCGGCCACCGAUUUUUGUCGAAUCUCAGCCGACUUUCCGUUCUCCGCUCUUUCGUUGGCUCCCGCCGUCAUUGCAUUUUGUUGUUUGCCUGCCGCUCGUCUGUUUAUGCGUGAUGCUCCCGCGCCCGCCCUUUUCGUGAGCGGCAGCCGUCCCCCACUGCUGCUCGGCUAUCAGGAAAGGCAAAGUUUUCUCUCCGCGCGCUACUUGCAUUUUCGCUUUCGCUGUGGCCUUGCCGGUGCUGAGUAUAUUGGCCACCACCAUAGCUGGAUCUCAGCAGCUUGCAAGAUCGAGGGUCUUCGUUGCAUGUCGGCUCUUUGUUGACAGCUACUGUAGUCGCGCCGCCGCCGCUGUUAUCUCGGAGUACGCCCGAGGCCACUGUCGGCUUGAGUGGUGGGUGUGUGGUUCUUUCGGCUGGCAAGUCUCUUAUCCGAUCGUGUUGGGCAAAAUGAGCGACGCGUCGAUCAAGGAGGAAAGGGGAGGUGGUGGAGGUGGGGACGAUGUGGUCCGAACACUCUUCAUAUCUGGUCUUCCACAGGAUGUGCAGGAGAGAGAGUUGUUCAACUUGUUCCGGCCUUGUGAUGGCUACGAGAGCAGUCAAUUGCAGGUCACAAGCCGUUCAGUCCACCCUGUCGGGUUCGCAACAUUCGUGGACCAGCCUUCGGCCUUGUCAGCAAGGGACGCUCUCAAUGGCGUGAUCUUUGACCCUGCGGCUGGUUUGAAACUCAGGAUCGAGUUGGCUAAAGCAAAUUCAAAGCCAAAGCGGGCCCGCACAGAGGACGGCGGGGUAAAUGGAACGGCUGACAAGAAGUUCCGAGGCUCUGUCGGUUUGGCGCCUAUGAGCAACCCCUUGAUGGAUCCUUUUGCUCCAUACUCAGGGCCAGGGGGUGGUGGCACACCUGGCAUGGUUCACAGCUAUUUCAACAACUUAGGGGGCACAAUGUAUCAACCACCAAGUGCUGUCAUGGGAGGCUCGUAUGGUGGACCUGAGCCCAUUGGCAUAGGAUCAGCUUCAGGAGUUAUGUCAUCUGGAGGCAAGCUUGGUGGGUCUAAUCCGCCGUGCACAACACUUUUUGUUGCCAACCUUGGGCCUACAUGCAAUGAACUGGAGCUCAGAGAUCUAUUCAGCAGCUGUCCAGGCUUCGUGAAACUUCGGAUUCAAAUGAAACGUGGCGCACCUGUUGCCUUUGCUGAGUUCCAGGACAUUCACUCGUCCACGAUGGCAAUAAACCAGCUACAAAAUUAUAUGCUGCCCUCUUGUGACAGAGGAGGAGUGAGACUAGAAUACGCGAAGUCGCGGAUGGGACUGCCCUCUCGACAUCAGUCGAAUGACAGUGGGGACCGCAGCAAUUGAUGUGAUGGCAAGGAGAGUAAAUCGGCUAUGACGACAAACGGACAAUGGAUGCAAUGCUUGGGCAAGUGGCACAAUUGUCCAGGUUAUGUUUUGAUGGUGCUCACCGUGCACGUCUGUAGGCAGUAGAUCUGCUCUUGGAGGUCGUAAGAGUGAGAAGGGUGACCGUUAGCCAUAUGCUCCCUGGUCGACUAGGGCGUGGUCUCCCAGUGACAGGACAGAUUCCAAGUCAAAAUCGUGCGGUUGCCUUUCAGAGAAUAAUGACAUAAGAUUUGGUACACUUGUGAGAGCUCUGCUGGCGCUCAAAAACUGCUCUCGUCAGCGCCUCCAGAUUCCCAGCAGUACUUUCGCUGGCAGAAAACGGGUGUCAGGAAUAGAUGCGCCCUUGCUGGGGUAGUCCUUGGAUGGGUAUUCAUGUUUGUGUAUGAUAUUUUCCCAGAGGCCAGCGAUGAACUUUCCAGCGUGUGUGUAGCUAGGUCAUCGAGCUGGAGUCGACAUUCGGACUCGGUUUAGUUUAUUCGGCCCAUGUCAAUCUGCUGGUUUGCUUACUUUGAGGAGCUUGUAGGACGAUGCUGUUGUUGUACUAUGUACAUGUCUGCUGGGGGGUCUCUUUUAUGUGGAUGCAGAAGACUUCAGCACCACCUACAGUGGCAGUUAGGCAAAGUUUGGGUAGGGAACAGGCCACGGUAAUGGUCGUAGCACGUUGUGCUGCUGAUGCUUACUCUUCCAUGAGCAGUCCAGAGUAUUUUUUCCCUGCCAGGGUUAUUUCUCUGUGGGCGUCGUAACUCCUCAAAAGACAGGGCCGAGUUUAAGGGUACUUGCGAGUGGGCUAGGCUGUUGUCAUUGUGAAGGUUAAGGUUGGGACCUCAUGAUGCAGUUCCGUAAAGAGCGAAACAGGUAGUGGGAGUGAGCUGAGGACGUGUGGAGCGGCGAGACUUCGUUGUGCAAGCCGGAGAUAGACGCGCGGAGCGCUGAGCGUAGACUGGUGGAGUGUGUGUUUAGAGGAAAUGGAAAGUUGUAGCUCAGUGCAAUUGGUUGUCUGAGGCAGCAGUUAUAGUGUCCAUCAGGGGCAGGCUACAGCCACGACGGAAGAUAUAGGGUGCUAAACUUGUGGAGGAGGGCGGUGGAGGAAAAACAGUGCGCUGAGUGCUCAAGAACCUGGGAGAGGCAUGCCUGAAGGGUAUCCAGACUUGGGAUGAAUUACGGCUCCUGUUGAAUUAUUUUCAGUUGUCUCAACCAAGCUGAUUCAAUCGGAUGUUUGUCUAUUUUUUGCAUGAGCAUUUUGCUGCUGGCUGCAGUCUGUGAAAUUUGUUUGGCAUCUGAAACGAGGUGAGUACGUCAUGCAGAUUUGCGAAAUUGUAGAGCACAAAGUUUGGUCUUGUGUUGCAAGAUUGCUGCCUUACCUUGUGGCCAAUGGUGGCAUGGCAUGUCAUGUCAUGAAGGGCGUGGCAGAGAUUUUGACCCUGUUUUACAAGCUUGUCCUGUCUGCUGUGCAGCUUUUGCCGGGCUUCUCCUGAAGUGGUUUUGCGUAUCUGCAGUUGUCUACCCCUGGGGAUUGUUUCGGCAUUGUGGCGUCCUCUCAGGUCGAGCGACUUUCACGUCCUUCGAAUGCGACCUUUCUCUGCCGAUGGAAGAGCGGGAGCAGGGUUUUUGAUGGUGUGGUUCAAUUCUGUGGGUAGGUAGCCAUCCCCGCCCUUUGUUCGUGCACCUUCUGAGGCUACCGUCUUCCCUGGUGCAGCAGAAAGUACGGUCAUUACAGCCGCAUUUCCCUCACCUUUUAGUCCAGGUGCAGUAGAAAUGACCGGACGUUCUAUCGGGAGAAGAAGAUAGCUAGCCGUCCCUGCCCUUUGUUCAAUUCUGUGGCUAAUCACCAAUGCUGCUUCAUGUCAAUCUUGAAUGUCCGUGGAUACAUUGCCAGACCAGAUUUGAGUUCACUGCAGGACAACAUUCGCGGCGGUCAUGAGUGUGGGACUCUA